CUUCCGUGGGACUAAAUGAAGAACAGAAGGAGUUUCAGAAAGUAGCCUUUGACUUCGCUGCCCGGGAGAUGGCUCCACAUAUGGCAGAGUGGGACCAGAAGGAGCUGUUCCCAGUGGAUGUGAUGCGGAAAGCAGCCCAGCUGGGCUUUGGGGGAGUCUACGUCCGCACUGAUGUGGGCGGGUCUGGGCUGUCCCGGCUGGAUACUUCUGUCAUCUUUGAAGCCUUGGCCACGGGCUGCACCAGCACCACGGCUUACAUUAGCAUCCACAACAUGUGUGCCUGGAUGAUUGACAGCUUCGGAAACGAGGAACAGAGGCACAGGUUCUGCCCAGCGCUCUGCACCAUGGAGAAGUUUGCUUCCUACUGCCUCACCGAACCAGGAAGCGGGAGUGAUGCUGCGUCCCUCUUGACCUCCGCUCAACGACAAGGAGAUCAGUACGUCCUCAAUGGCUCCAAGGCCUUCAUCAGCGGUGGCGGAGAAUCAGACAUCUACGUGGUCAUGUGCCGAACAGGAGGGCCAGGCCCCAAAGGCAUCUCCUGCAUAGUUGUUGAGAAGGGAACCCCUGGCCUCAGCUUUGGCAAGAAGGAGAAAAAGGUGGGGUGGAACUCCCAGCCAACCCGAGCCGUGAUCUUCGAAGACUGUGCUGUCCCCGUGGCCAACAGAAUUGGGAGCGAGGGCCAGGGCUUCCUCAUUGCCAUGAAAGGGCUAAACGGAGGGCGGAUCAACGUUGCCUCCUGCUCCCUGGGGGCAGCGCAUGCGUCAGUUGUCCUCGCCCGAGACCACCUCAAUGUCCGGAAGCAGUUUGGAGAGCCUCUGGCCAGUAACCAGUACCUGCAAUUCAAACUGGCCGACAUGGCGACAAGGCUGGUGGCCUCGCGGCUGAUGAUUCGCAACGCGGCAGUGGCUCUGCAGGAGGAGCGGAAAGAUGCGGUGGCCCUGUGCUCCAUGGCCAAGCUCUUUGCUACAGACGAAUGCUUCGCUAUCUGCAACCAGGCCUUACAGAUGCACGGAGGCUACGGCUACUUGAAGGACUACGCUGUCCAGCAGUACGUGCGGGACUCCAGGGUCCACCAGAUCCUAGAAGGCAGCAACGAGGUGAUGCGGAUGCUGAUCUCACGAAGCUUGCUUCAGGGGUAGCGCCCCGAGCGCCGGCCGGCGUGGUGUCCAGCGAGAGCACAGCCCGCAGUCCGUGGAGUGUUGCUUUUCUUCCUGUGUGGGCUGUUCUUUCCCAGCUAAGUCAUGGGUAGGUGAAGGGCUGAGCUCCCCAGGUGUGACCUGCCGCUGUGUGUGGGUAUCUGCUCUGGGACUAGGAGCAGGGUCCCCAGAACCAGGAGAGCUGGCCUGGUGAGAACUGUCACAGGAGACAUAGUGCCUCAUUUUCCUAAUGCCGGAAAGGUGCCAAUGAAGAUUCACCCACAAACCAGGGUCUUCUCUUGGGCCCACAUCGUCUUGAUUUGUCUGUGUUCUGCCGGGUUGCCCUCCGAGGGGCCUGGGCGCUUCCUCCCACUGGGGUUCUUCCUAACCAUGGAGCAGAGUGUGGGGAGGGAACGUCCUUCUGUCUGCACCGCAGCCGAGGACACAGAGGGUUCCUCUGGAGGUUGGAGGUGCUCCUCUGGAUGUGAUCAUCAUGAAAUGAUCUGGGAAACUGCCCCUACGCUGGGAUUCAGGGUGCAGCUCCUUUUCUGGAUAACGCACAUGAGAGAGCUCACGUACGAAAAUUUGGGCUAUUUGUUAUUUUAUUUCUGAGAAGCCCAUGGCCUAGGAAUGGAUGUCAGGGUUCCUGUAACCCUUCCUGAUAAGUUUUUAAAAUAUAUUUUUUGAGUGUUA